UCAGAGGCACCGCUGUCCUCUCUGCUUCUUGGCAACAUCUUGUGGAGUGUAAUACGAGGAGGUCGGGGAGCAUCCCGGUGCAGCCUCAGCCGGCAAAAAAAACUCACUGAUUGUGGAAUUUAACCGAGGCAGAGGCUGCUGUUAAGUCCCAUCUUUAAGGACCGAGAGAGAGACGCACUUAUAGACGGAGCAGAAUUAAGUGCAGAGCGCUGCUGGAGCAGAGCAGAGAGCAACCCUCUUCUUUGGCUUGUGAGAGGACAAGAGUUGCUGUGAGACAUGUUAUCCGCUCACUACAGCCGCAAACAACACAUCUAACGGACACUGGAAUUACAAUCAAAGCAGUUUAAUGAAGAGGAAAAAAAUUGCGUCCUAGAAGAAAUUAAAAUUCUUGUAUUCAAGGGAGAGCAUUCCAUUCACAAGCAAUUGGAUGAGAGUCUUAUUAGCCCUCGGGAACUAAAGAUGAUGUUACCAUGGAAACAAAUUGUUCUGCUAUCAAUCACUGGAUGCCUUGCAGCCUAUACAGAGGAUGUCAUAUUUCAAGGGCCAAGAUGGAGGACGGAGCCAAGUGACCUCAUUUUACCGAUCAACUCCCCAGACCAGCAGGCUACCAUCACGUGCGAGGCAGAGGGGAACCCUCCUCCGCAGUACAGAUGGUCACUAAACGGAACACUCAUUGAUCUGGGGAAUGACUACCGGCGUCACAUGUCUGGGGGCAGCCUGAUCAUUAGCAACCUGGACAAGGACCAAGACACAGGGGUGUACCAGUGCACAGCCUUCAACACGUGGGGGUCCAUCCUCAGCCGCAGAGCCAGCCUGCACUUUGCAUAUCUUGAUAACUUCAAAACUCAAACGGUGAGGAGCGCUGUCAACGUCCGUGAGGGCCAAGGAGUGGUUCUGUUAUGUGGACCACCUGCACAUUCUGGAGAGCUGACAUUUGCAUGGAUCUUCAAUGAAUACCCGUACUUUGUCCAGCAAGACAGUCGUCGAUUCAUCUCCCAGGAGACUGGCAGUCUGUACAUUGCAAAAGUGGAGCCCUCAGAUGUUGGCAACUACACCUGUGUGGUUAACAACACUGUCACUAGGGAGAAGGUGCUCAGCUCUCCCACACCACUGGUCCUCAGAAGCGAUGGAGUAAUGGGUGAAUAUGAACCCAAAAUAGAAGUUCAUUUCCCUGAUUCAGUUCCAGCCGCGAAGGAAUCAGUGGUGAAACUGGAAUGCUUCGCUCUGGGAAACCCCGUCCCAGAUAUAAGCUGGAGGAGAACCAGCGGCAUCCCUUUCCCCAGCAAAGUGAAAAUGAAGAAUUCAAAUGCUGUCCUUGAAAUCCCUAAUUUCCAGCAGGAGGACGCGGGGACAUAUGAAUGUAUGGCAGAGAAUCGGCGAGGCAAAAAUGCUGCACGGGGUCGUAUUUCAUUCCACGCUAAACCUCACUGGCUCCAGACAAUGACGGACACAGCUCUGUCCAUCGAGGAAAACCUCUUGUGGGAGUGUAAGGCCAAUGGAAAGCCUAAACCGUCUUACAGCUGGUUGAAGAAUGGGGAGCAAGUGAUGGCUGAGGGCCGGGUACAAAUCGAAAACGGGGCCCUCUCUAUAGCGGCGUUAAACCUGUCAGAUUCUGGGAUGUAUCAGUGUGUGGCUGAAAACAAACAUGGCAUUAUUUAUUCUGGUGCCCAACUAAUGGUGUUAGCUUCAGCUCCCAGUUUCUCCAAAAGUCCAUUAAGGGCCUUGCUAAAAGCUCGCUCAGGCAGCGAAGUCACUCUUGAAUGCAAGCCUCAGGCCUCGCCCCCAGCAAUUAGCCUGUGGAAGAAAGGGAAUGAGAUCCUGCAGAGAACCGAAAGGAUUACUUUGCUUCCCAAUGGGACGUUAAAGAUCGCCAAUGUAACCAGGCGGGAUGCAGCCAGCUACACAUGCGUCGCCAAGAAUCAGUUUGGGACAGCAAGCACAACUGGGAGACUGCUCAUAACUGAGCCCACCAGGAUCACCAUGAGGCCUACUAACAUGGAGAUUAUUGUUGGCGAGAGUAUCGUGUUACCCUGCCAGAUUGCCUGUGAUCCAGCUCUGGAUGUUUCUUUCUCGUGGGCAUUCAACGGGCAGCUCAUCGACUUCCAGCGAGACAGCGAUCAUUUCGAAAGAGUGGGCGGGGAACCGAUGGCCGUGGAGCUGAAUAACACAAACAUGACUAUAUCAGGAGAUCUGAUGAUUCGUAACAUCCAGCUGAAUCAUGGAGGGAAAUAUGUCUGCGUUAUUGACACUGAUGUGGAGAGUCUGUCCACCUCUGCCAUCUUGGUUGUCAAAGGUCCACCAGGUCCUCCGGACAAGGUAGCAGUGGAGGAGAUCACAGACAGCACGGCCCAGCUUUCCUGGUCACCUGGAAGGGACAACGGCAGCCCCAUCACUGGCUACAUCAUCCAGGCCAGGACGCCCUUUACUGUGGGCUGGCAGGCUGUUGACACAGUGCCAGAGGUGGUCAAUGGUAACAUGCUGACAGCAACGGUGGUGGGUCUGAACGCCUGGGUGGAGUACGAGUUUAGGGUGGUUGCCCGCAACACUGUAGGCCUGGGAGAGCCUAGCCCGGCCUCGGCCAAGACCAGGACAGAGGAUGCCAUUCCUGAUACAGCUCCCACUGAUGUCGGAGGUGGAGGCGGCACAAAGUCUGAAUUAGUGAUAACAUGGGAGCCUGUUCCUGAAGAACUGCAGAACGGAGAGGGCUUUGGCUACAUCAUCGCCUUCAGGCCUGUGGGCACGGUCACAUGGACACGGGCGGUCAUCUCCACACCUGGUGUAGCUCGAUACGUCUUUCGAAAUGACACCAUCCCACCCUUCUCGCCUUUUGACAUAAAAGUGGGGGCAUACAACAACCGAGGGGAGGGGCCCUUCAGCUCCAUUGCCACCGUGUACUCGGCAGAGGAAGUCCCUAGUGUGGCUCCUAAGAGGGUUAGGACUAGAAGUGUGUCUGCAGUGCAAAUUGAAGUGAUCUGGGAAGCUCUCCCUGCCAUCCCUGAAAGAGUGCUUGGAUAUGAGGUCGUGUACUGGGAAGACGACACCAAGCCUGACACUGUUGGCAAAGUGCGCAUAUCUGGAAACUUCACGCUGGUUAACAUCACAGGGCUAAAAGCGAACACAGUCUACUAUCUCUCUGUGGCCGCUUUCAAUACAGCUGGCCCCGGGCCACAGUCGGCACCCAUCAACGCCACCACAAAGAAACCACCUCCAGAUCGGGCUCCGCUCAACAUACAAUGGACCAUGAUUGGCUCCACACUCACACUGCACUGGGAUCCUGUAGUAGCUAUGGAGACAGAGUCAAAGGUUACUGGAUAUUUGGUGCUGCUGAAGAGACAUCGCUAUAACGACAUCAACACUAUCUUGACCAACAAAACCACUGUGGAGCUCAGCCUCUCCGCCAAUGACAACUAUCUUAUUCAGAUCAAGGCCAUGAGUGAAGGUGGUGAAGGUGUGGGCAGUGAACCCAUCCACAUCCAUAAAUUAAGCAUGGGGGCGCGGGGCUCGGGAGCGAUCCGCCUCAGUCCAUUGUACCUCUCUGCAGUCCUCAUCAGCGCGCUGCUCUGCUCCGCCUGGUGAUGUCUAAUCGGAGCCCACGGAGCACCCUCCCUCCCCCUCCAUCCCUUCAGUCAGCCUGGUCGCUGGACUGGCACAAGGCCCAGGCUUCAGUGGCAGGACUGGGAAAGACUGGAAAGGACUGGACUCCGCCAAACUCUUAAAGGGACCACGCCACUUUCUUUUGAAUGGCCAUCAGAUAGAGAGACGUGAUAAUUUGCGUGCAUGAUAUCUUUCAGUAUUUUUUCCAGCGUCAUAAGUGCCACCAUGCUCUAGGUUUCAUUUUAGAGGUUAUGAUGUCUACAUGACUUAUCUUCUUAGUAUCUUUGGAGAUACUAAUGCCUUAAAAUCCAUUUUACACAUACAGUCCGUACCAAAGUAGGUGACAGAGGCUGCUUGCUUUAUGGUUUCUUUAACCCUUUAUACAUUCUUUUUGCAAAAAAAAUGCAUUCACAAGAAUUUAUCUUCUCCAGGUCAACCUCUCACAAAUGAUUAACCUAAAUCCAUUGGUUUCAUUCAUAUUUUAUCAUCUCAAAAAUCUUAAACUAGUUCUGCUGACAGAACAUUAGUUAAUAUCUCUGUCACGUUUAUAGCAGCUUUUGCCAAAAUAAAUGUCCAUUGCAGACUUAAAGGAACAUAAUGUAAGAUUUUGGGGGAUUUAGUGGCAUUUAGUGAGGUGGAGCUAAAACUCCUCCUGGUUAGAAUUCUUUUAGUGUUCAUUGUUCAGAAGGUUUUUACCAGGAGCCAAAUGAUCCUCAGAGGUCUCUUACAGUAGAUCAAGUUAAUAACAAUGGUAAAAACACUGAAUGAAGCAGUUUCACAUCGGAAAUCUGUCAUGCACUGGCAUGUCGCAGACAUGCCCAGCACCUACCAUUGUGUGCUUAUUUAUUUUCUCUGAUAACUUCAUGUUUGCUCACCUUAUAUGUGAUUCAGAUGUGUAGGAGGUUAUAUCCAGGAGCCAAAUUGUCCGCAAAGGUCUCCUCCUCUCCAAAUCAAACAAACCCGGUGAUUUAAACCGGUAAAAACACUCAAUAAACCACUUUACAAUUAAAAAAUACAGUAUUUUUCUGAUGCUGCCUGUCGCAGUGGGGCUGCACACUAUGGAGUCUGACAAGAAAAUGAAAAUGGUUUUAUCUAAACCCAGUGUUUGGUUUGUCCAUUCUGGGCUCCUGUAGAAACAUGGCAUAACAUGGACAUAUCCAUAGACAAGGACCUUCUCCCUGUGCAGAUAUAAACAGCUCAUUCUAAGGUAACCAAAACACAAUGACUCUUAUUUUCAGGUGAUUAUACACUCAA